GGAGAAGGCGGAAGAAGAGGAGAAGAAGAAGGCGAAGGACAAGCCAGAAGAAAAACAAAAGAAAGAAGAGGAGAAAGGGAAGAAAAAAGAGAAGGGGAAGAACAAAGGAAAGAAGGAGGCAAAGGGGACAAGCGAGGAGCAGGUGAAAGCACCGAUCGCUGCUCCAGAGCCUGAGCUCAAAACUGAGCCAGACACUGAGCAGGCUCCUGAUCAGCACUCGAUAAGCAGCGCAGAGACCCAGCCACCUCAAGAGGAACACAAAGAAGAAGCUGCGAUAGAGAAGGAGCCCGACGCAGAGGAAGAGGGGACGACGGAGGACGCGGAGAAAAAAGAGGAAAAACCAGCAGAACAGCAGAAGGAAGCCAAAAAAGAAGAUAAGGCAAAGGAAGAGGCGAAGAAGGAGAAGCCUGUAAAAGAAAAGAAGGCAGAGAAGGCAGAAGAAGCUAAAGGCUCCAAACGCCAGAAAACCAUGCAGUGCAAAGUCACCUUACUGGAUGACACUCAGUUUGAGUGUGAACUUGAUAAACAUGCUAAAGGACAAGAACUUUUAACAAAGGUGUGUGACCAUGUCAACCUACUGGAGAAAGAUUACUUUGGCCUCGCUAACUGGGAAACACCAACCAACAAGACAUGGUUGGAAGCCACCAAAGAGAUCCGGAAACAGGUGUCAGGUGCUGUCUACGAGUUUACAUUCAACGUGAAGUUCUACCCACCUGAUCCAGCACAGCUUACUGAGGACCUUACCAGGUACUUUCUGUGUCUCCAGCUGAGGAAGGAUAUUAUGCGUAGUGUUCUUCCCUGUUCCUUUGUCACGCUGUCCCUGCUGGGCUCCUACGCUGCCCAGUCAGAGCUUGGAGAGUAUGACCCAGAGGUCCACGGUACAGACUAUGUUAAAGAGCUGAGCCUGGCUCCCGGACAGAGCAGUGAGCUGGAAGAAAAGGUGAUGGAGCUGCACCGCACAUACAGGUCCAUGAGUCCAGCCCAAGCAGACAUGUCGUUUCUGGAAAAUGCCAAGAAACUUGCCAUGUAUGGAGUUGACCUGCACCAAGCCAAGGAUCUUGAUGGUGUUGACAUUACGCUCGGGGUUUGCUCCAGUGGCCUGAUGGUUUACAAGGACAAGCUGAGGAUCAACCGUUUCCCUUGGCCCAAAGUGCUCAAGAUCUCUUACAAACGCAGCAGCUUCUUUAUCAAAAUCAGGCCGUCAGAGCAAGAGCAGUACGAAAGUACAAUUGGCUUUAAACUGCCCAACUACAAAGCCUCAAAGAAGCUGUGGAAAGUUUGUGUUGAACACCAUACCUUCUUCAGGGUUCCAACAGUAGAGCCCCCCGCAUCACGUCGCUUCCUUGGCUUGGGCUCUAAGUUCCGGUACAGCGGGCGCACUCAAGCCCAGACCCGCCAGGCCAGCUCUAUGAUUGACCGUCCAGCCCCUCGCUUCACACGCUCUGCAAGCAAGAGGCUGUCCCGUAACCUUGACGGAGCUGGAGAUGAAACUCUCCAGUUUCUGCAACUACUCUCAGCGUCAACCAGGUCUGAGGUUGAUGACUGGUCACGGAUGCUGGCAUCAGACAAACCCCAGACGUCUUCUGAAUUCACAGACAGAGGGGAGUUUGAGCGGACUUCCAUUCAGUUCUGGGAGGAGGGGCAGUCUGUUCACAGAGUCACAGAAACCUGGCAGGACACUUGGCAGAAGCUGGCAUCUGAUGAGCUGAGGAGAAAGGAAGACGAGUGGUCUGCCUUGUUCGAUCGUUAUCCCCCUUUUCCCUUUGUCUCACCACCUGAUUUUGUGAAACUGCCAGCUGAGCUAAGCUUGGCAAAAACAAGCUCUAUGGACAGGCUAUUGCAACCAGCACUGACGCAACAAGACGAUUGGCACCUUUAUUUUGACCGAUUCUUCAACCUUGAGCGCGCUGACAAACCAUUCUCUCCCAUAGCUCAGUUCCAGCUCCAGGAGAAGGAUGAGCAGGGCAUGUAUGUAACAGAGCAGGAACUGCCCACUGGGGAAGUCAUUGAGAGGCUGCAGGAAACUGUGACCUUAGUGGACAAACUGAAAGAAGUGGAUGUUUUAGAAAGGAACUUGAGGGAAGUGAGAGAUUUUGAGGGAAGGCUCCAAGAAGUGGAUGAGAUGGCAGAGAAACUUCAGAAAGUAAUAGAAGAGGAACUGGGUAAGGAAGAAGUAGCUAAGUUAAGAGAGGAAGCGAGAGAUUUGGAGCAGGAGCGACAAAUACAAGCUGAAGGUAUAACAAAAAUGGUGGUGAAGAAAUCAGUGAGGAGAAUAUUGACAGAAGAGGGUGAAGUGGAUGAACUGGAAGAUGAGAUAAAGCGUGUGUUUUUAAAAGGCUUGUUGCCUGAAGAGGAAGAGGUCGAGGUGAAGCAGGAGAGUGAAACAGUGGUGACAGGCGAGAGUCUGUUCGAUGAUAGCUCGAGAGAGAAGCUACAACAGGUAGAAAAGGAAUGGCAAAAGGAGGUGGUGGAAAGGUCUGGCUCUUUAGAUGUCUCUGGUACCACCUCUGUGGUUACAUACCAGAAGGUUGAGCGUAGGACUAAGAAGAGAGUGACUAUUGUCGAUGAGCGAGGGCAGAGGCAGGAAGAAAUGGAAGACACGCAGGUACAGGCUGGUGAAAUGUCAGUGGAGAGGUUAGAAACUGGUAAAAGAUUGCAGAAGACAGAAAUUCUGGCGAUUACAGAGCUAAAUUUGACAGAAAGAAGUGUCACGGAAAGGCUUCAGCCCGAGCGUCCAUCUCAGGUGGCAGAUGAGGACCUCUGGUUCAUACUUUUUGACCGGCUUCCAUACAAAGCUGUUUUCAAACCACCAGUUACUAUUGUGGAACGCGCUCAAGUGGAUGAAGACAAGUAUUUCACCUCGACUACUGAGAUCACAACAGUUGAGGAGAAAACGGAGAUUAUAGUAAAAGAGAGAAAAAUAAUAGAGGAGGAGGUAUGGCGUGUACCAGAUAUCCCACCAGCACAGACCGUCACAGACAGAGAUGAUGAUUGGUUUGUGCUGCUGGAUGUUAUUCCCAGAGACACAGCUUAUGUGCCAUCAGUUAUACUGAAGGAGAGAGACCCGAUGGAUGCAGAAAGUUUUGUCUCUGUGGUUGGAACUGCAGCUGAUGUGGCGAUUAGAGAAGUUGUAGCCGAAGAGAGAAAAAUAAAAGAAGAAGCACCGAGACGUGUACCAGAUAUCCCAGCAGCAGAGACCGUCACAGAAAGAGAUGAUGACUGGUUUGUGCUGCUGGAUGUUAUUCCUAGAGAAACACCUUAUGUACCACCAGUUACGUUGAAGGGAAGAGACCCGAUGGAUGCAGAAAGUUUUGUCUCUGUGGUUCGAACUACAGCUGAUGAGGUGGUUAGAGAAGUCGUAGCUGAAGAGCGAAGGAUAAUACAAGAGGCACCGAGACGUGUACCAGAAAUCCCACAACAGCCAGUGACAGACAGAGAUGAUGACUGGUUUGUGCUGCUGGAUGUUGUUCCUAGAGUGCCACCUUAUGUACCACCAGUUACACUGAAGGAGAGAGACCCGAUGGAUGCAGCAAGCUUUGUCUCUGUGGUUGGAACUGCAGCUGAUGAGGUGGUUAGAGAAGUCGUAGCUGAAGAGAGAAAGAUAAUAGAAGAGGCACCGAGACGUGUACCAGAUAUCCCACAACAGCCAGUGACUGACAGAGAUGAUGACUGGUUUGUGUUGUUGGAUGUUGUUCCAAGAGAGACCUCAUACGUACCACCAGUUGCUGUUGCACAGCGUGUUGAAGUGUCUCCAGAAGAACGUGUCUCUCUGGUUGAAAUGACAACUGUUGAGCGGAGAGAAAAAAGAGCGGUGUUUGUAAUGGGAGACAUAGAAAUGAAACAAGUGCCGAGUGAAAAGCGAGCAGUAGCACUGCCACAGGCUGUCAGAGAGAUAGAAGAUGACUGGUUUGUGCUGCUGGAUGUUCCCACUAGAGAACCAUCAUAUGUUCCACCAGUUACGAAGGCCGAGUACGUUCAGGUUUAUCCUGAAGAAAGCAUUUCUACUGUGACGGAAACAAUAAGAGAGUCCAGGAAGGAGGUUGUAGUUGAAGAGAUUGUGGUGCAGAAAGAGGAGAAGAAGCUUCCCAAACAAAUUAUACCAGUGCAGCAGAAAAUCUCUCUGCCAGUGAGAGAAAUAGAUGACGACUGGUUUCUUCUGCUGGACGUUGUUCCUAGAGAAACUGCCUACGUCCCUCCAGUUACUCCUGUUGAGAUUAUUCCGGAUGUGAGGAAGGCUGAGGUGAAAACCACAGAGACGACAACGUGGAAGAAGAUGAUAAUUGGUGCGGACAGCAAGCAAGAUGAGACACGUUUGUCUCAGAUUAGACCGGGCAAAUUUGCACCACCGUCAGAGAGAGAAGGAGGAGAUGAUUGGUUCAUCUUGUUCGACAUCAUCCGUGACAAGCCUGUUGUUGUCGUACCACCAGUUGCUGGGGUUAAGCGUAUUGUGGAUGUGGUGGCUGCCACUGUAACAAAACCAAAAUUCAUCAUGGAAGACAUGAAGCCACCUGUGAAGCUGGCGGAGGUUAAACCACCACAGCCAAGACAAGUGGAUGACGACUGGUUUGUGCUGCUAGAUGUUGCAGUAAAAAAAUCAGUGUCUGUGGACGAACGUGUCCGUAUGUAUCCUGAGGUGAGACCAGCUAAAGAGUUUACAGCCACAGAGCAGAGAAUUACUAAAAAGCAGGAGAAGUGGCAGCAGGAGAAGGUGUUACAGCAGAAACCACGUCCAGCAGUGAGGGAGAUGGAGGAUGAUUGGUAUAUUCUUCUGGAUUUAGCCACUAAAAAAUCAGUCGCUGUCCCUGAGCGCAUCCAGUUGCCAGCAGGGGUGAGAGCUCCAGCUGCUGUGGCCAAAACAAGGAUUGCUAUUUCUGAGACGAGACCCCAGUUUGGAAAGCGGGUCCUGGAGGAAAGACGUCCGCUAACACAGGCACAUGUCAAUGCUGAUUGGUUUGCUCUACUAGAUGUGGGCUCCAAAGAGUCAGUGGUGAGCACACAGAGGGGCACCCGUCCCGUCAGUGCCCCAGUGUUCUCCCAGGCUGCUCUGGCAGAGGCAGGGAUCCCCAUGGCCCCUUUCGAUCAGCCCCAGACCUCCACUCCGAUCAAGCCCGGCCGCAAGGAGGAACGAAGGCUGGAAGUCACAGUAGAAGCUGUGGAGCCCUCAAAAAUCGAGGCCAAGGCUGUCAAGCCAGCAGUGUGGAGGUACGAGAAAGAAGUACACUCUUCACUGAUAUCCACCAUGAAUGGGGACAUUCAGCGCGAGUCUGAGGCCAUGAGUACGGAGGUGGUGCGAAUGCGAAAGAAAAGAGCUAAGAAAAUUGAGGGUGACUCAAUUUAUAUCAGACAUAGCCUUUUAAUGUUGGAGGAGUUCGAUAAACCUCAGGAGGACCUGCUCAAGCAUCAUGCCAGUAUCAGUGAGCUGAAGAGGAACUUCAUGGAAUCCGUCCCAGAACAGAGGCCCAGCGAGUGGGACAAGCGUCUGUCUACGCACUCUCCGUUCCGCACCCUGGGUAUCAAUGGUCAGCCUCUGCCCAGUGCAGAUGGGAGUGUGUGCAUUAGUCCGCUUUGCAAUGGUUCAGAGACAAAGACUGCACAUGAGGAAACCAGCAGCAGUUUGGGCUUUUCAGGCAGUCCAACUGUGAGCCACAAGAGUGAGCCUGAUAGUGUCGAAGCCCCCGGUGUUCCAAUUGAGGAAGAGUCAUGUGAUCAGGAAGGAGUUGUAGUUUUUGAGACCUCCCUGGUGCCCAUCGUAGAGGUGGAGAUGGCGCAGCUGCCUCCCUCCUUCGACCCCUGCUGUAGAGCUUUAGAUGAGAUCCAGGAGGAAGAGGGACCGUGUCCCGAAGUGUCCGAGUGCUCUGGGAGGAUAGUUGGAUCUUCCCCAGCUUCCUAUUUCAGGAGCGAUGGUCCACGGGUCAUACGCUGCUUCCAGCCCCCUCUGGUCCAGACCCAGACAGUCACCAUCACAGCUGUCUCCAACAACUUAACCAGUGGCAUCUCCACCACAGAGGUCCCUGUCGUCCCGACCCAGACCUUCAUCUAUGAGUCUUCAAAGGUGACAGAUGAUGGUACAGACGAUAAAGAUAGUACAACUGUUACCAAGACUGUUACCUCGGAGAGCACCAGCGGCACCACAGUCACCACCACUACCACCCACAUCUCAAAGGUAGUGAAAGGUGGAUCUUCGGAAACUCGUGUGGAGAAGAGAAUUGUCAUAACUGCGGACUCUGACGUUGACCAAGACAAGGGGAAAGAUGGAGGAGCAUCUGCAUUGUAACUGAAUCACCACCUGCGUUUUAUUCUUUUGACUAUCCACCUUUCAUCCCUUCAUCAGAGUGCAGCACUCAACACACAGUGACCAGCUCUAUCUGCACACACAUAUCCAGAAAGAAAUAUCUCAUAAAUUAUGGAUAACUGAGUAGAUUAAUCUUUGUAGAUCCUCUUUGCUUUUUUUUUUUUUUUGCUUUGUUUUUCAGUUGAGCCAUUCGUUGUAGGUAGAGGAGGGCUGCACAGUGCUCCAGUUUGAUCAAAGGCUUACAGUAUCUCAACCAGGUGUUACAAAAAGCAUAGUGAAUACACUUUUAUUGGUUAAGUGAUCUCAGUUAUGAUUGCUUUUAUUUUGCUAGCAGUUUUUACAUUGUUGAUUUUAUACAAAUGCACUGUUUCCAUCCUAGUUUAGACACCUUUACCAGCAUUUAUUCCCUUGGUGCUGCUAGGGGAACGUUAAGACUACAUUCAAGGGAACUUUUUAUUGUUGUUGUUUACUUGUCUAUUUAAUUCAGGAGCGACAUUUUCUUCUUUUUUUUUUAAAUGAAAUGACAUACCUCACAUCAUGUGAUCAAUGAUAUUUUGUGCUCAAAUUUGGACAGUUUGGCUUUGUUCACUGCUCAGGUACUAUCACAAAAAAACAAAAACAAAUCUUUUCUUCCCUAACCAGCCAAGAACCAGUAGCCUCCACAUUAUUGUAAAGUUUGGAUUAAAAAUGGAUCUAUUUUGAAAUAUUUCUCUAUUUUAUAGAAUUAAUGCUUUUAUAGUAUUUGUACAAAUUUGAGGUUUUUACGUUAUUCAUAUCCAUCAGCUCAUGAAAUCGUAGGUUGCCACUGUGCUGUGUUUCCUGAAUUUUGAGGUCUCUAUCUGACCUGCUUACCUGUCUUGCCUCUGACACCCUGAAUCAUUCUUAUUCGUUUCCUCUUGUAGUCGACCAAGUUUAUCACAUCUUUCACAAUUUACACAUGACAACGGAGUGCUUCCCUCAGCCCUAUGUUUUUGUUCAGUAGCAUAGAAGUCAAUUGCUUUGAAUAUAUUUGAUAAGAAAAGUUUUACAAGCUUUGGUCUGUUUAUCUCAGGUUUUGAUAUUAUUAGACUACAGACCUCCAUGAUUGUAUGAGGAAUGUCCAUAUAUAUGUAUAUCCAUCCCCACUUUAAAUGUACAUUUAUGUUCAGUCAAGUGAGGUCAAUAACUACAAAGCUUGUCUGUCACAGUAACCACACAUGUAACAGGUGAAGGCAGCUGUCCCAGUGUAUGUGGCUUUUCUCUCAUAGGAGCACAAGUUGUCUUUUUUUACAUGUUCUACUAUACACUAAUUUAUUUGUAAAGUAGGAACCGUCUCGUGUGAUUUGAUGUACUGUGAUGUUUCAACACAAGCUGAUUUCCAGGGUUUCCACUAGAGAUGUCACAAUGUUAAAUAUUGCAUUAGUUAUCAACCAAGUUUGUAAAGCCUUUUUACCACAUUAGUCUUAGAUUACACUCUGUACUUUUCAUAGUGGAGAAAAAUGCUUAAAAUAUACAAAUCCCUUUUUUUAGAUAGCAUGUUUGUUAGCAAACUUUUUAACCCGAAAAAAAAGCCAUUGGUAUUGUAGCUACAUGGAAAACAUAAAACCUCUCCUGGAAGAAAAUGUAGAAUUUCACAUGAAGAUAGUUUUUAGACAAUGGAAAAUAUUGUUGCUUUGUGACUUAUCCCUGUCUUUUUAUGAAAAAAUAAAAACAUGCAUUAUUUUGCA